AUGUCGCACGCGACGAAGCACCUCAAGAAGGCUGCGCGUAUCAUUCUAAUUGGCGCACCUGGAGUAGGAAAAGGCACACAAUCCGAGCGGCUACUAUCCCGCUUCCCGCAGCUGGCCUCGAUCAGCUCGGGCGAUCUAUUGCGAGAGAAUGUGCGCCGACGAACACCACUCGGCAUACAAGCCGAGGCCACAAUGCAGUCCGGCAACCUCGUCCCCGAUUCCAUGAUUUUGAACCUGAUCUCCGAUGACAUGAAAACCAAGGGCUGGCUUCUCCAACCCGAUGCUCCCACCCAAUCCUCGAACCCACUACCCCCAGCACAAAAGCAAUCCGCUUCAUCAGUCGACCCCUCCGCCUCGUUCAUCCUGGACGGCUUCCCUCGAACAUCCUCACAGGCAACCAGCCUGGACAGCCUAGUUCCUGUUAACUUUGUUGUGCACCUUCUCACACCACCGUCAGUGAUUCUAGCCCGCAUCGCAUCGCGCUGGGUCCACGAGCCCUCGGGGCGCGUCUACAAUACGGACUUCCACCCACCACAGGUGCCGGGCAAAGACGAUGUGACCGGCGAACCACUGACGCAGCGCGAGGACGACUCAAUCGACACAUGGAAACAGCGUCUACGGAAGUUCGAAGAAACCAGCAAGUCUCUAUUGGAGCACUAUGACCGUCGGGGUUGCCUUUUCCGCGCUGAAGGAAAUAGCUCCGAUGAGAUCACACCCAAAUUGUUCGCCGAGAUCGAACGCCGAUUCUGCUGA